AUGAAUAUGAACACGGCCACUGUUUCUAUGGCGGUUACGCCGACCGUCUUGUCGACGUUUCUGUCCCACUAUCUAAAUCGCAAACCUUUACGCCAGCGACCGACUGCCCACCUCUCGUAUGACGAAGGCUUGCACCUUAUACGAUCCUUCCUCACAUUCGCGUCGCACCAUACCGUCGAGGAGCUACAAGCUUUCACUUCGCAGUGGGUACCACAUCCUCAAUGGGUUAAAGUGGACCAAGUCGAGAUUCCCGAGUCAAAGCUUCUGCAGUCUGCCGACAUUAUACAGGAACAACUAGGUCCAGAUGGUAUCAAAAGAGUCGGCGGCCAGAAUUGGUGGCAAUGGCGGAAGCUCAAGAGCCCCCUUAAGGCAGAAUGGAUAGAGAUGAGGGCCGACUAUCAUGACCGUAAGAAGGCUAAUGAUUCGGGCAAGCGAGUUAUGCUUUACGUCCAUGGUGGCGCCUAUUUCUUUGGGAGUGUCGACGAACAUAGAUAUCAGAUGCAACGGCAUGCCCGGAAGCUAAAGGCCAGGGUCUUUGCUCCUGAAUACCGUCUAGCUCCUCAAUUCCCCUUCCCCUGUGGACUUCAGGAUUGCUUAGCAGCGUAUCUCUACUUGCUUGAAACUCAAGAUCCAACCACCAUCAUUUUGGCCGGCGAUUCCGCUGGUGGUGGAAUGGUCAUGAGCUUGUUGGUUAUUAUGAGGGAUAGGUAUAUCCCUCUCCCGGCCGGUGCUAUUCUCAUCAGUCCCUGGGUGGACUUGACGCACUCUUUUCCAAGCGUCUCCAAUGACUGUCCUCUUGAUUAUAUACCUCAGCACGGGUUUCACCACAAGCCUUCAAAGGCGUGGCCUCCUUUGAAUGUAGACGAAUAUGCCUUGUUGAAGGAACAAAUUGCCACAAACACGAAGUUGGACGCAACCAAGUUGAUGAAACAGGAAUCAGUGGAAGCGAGGCAUCUUCCUCAAGACCUCGCUCAACUAAAUACAGGGAAGGUGGAGGAUGGUGAUAACAGUAGCUUUGCUGAAACAGGAUUCCUCUCAAUCAAUCUCGAUGGCAAAGAGGUCAAACUCAAAGAUCAGAUGCAGAUGUAUACUACCAAUGAGCUUCUGUCACACCCUUUGGUCAGCCCUGUGAUGCAAUCUAGCCUUGGUGGGUUACCACCGCUACUCAUCAUGACAGGGGGUGGAGAAAUCCUCCGAGACGAGCAGAUAUACCUGGCACAUAAAUGCGCAAAUCCUUCCAAGUAUCCACCUCCGGACUCCGCGAUGAAUGAUGUAGCACGGGAGCAGCUGAAUCGUUACAAACCAACUGAUGUGCAGCUUCAAGUCUGGGACGAUCUAUGCCAUGUUGCCCCAACUCUGAGUUUCACUCGACCGGCAAAAUAUAUGUAUCGUUCGGUAGCCCAGUUCGGUGCCUGGGCAUUGGCUAGAGCGCAAAAGACAGAGAUCGACAUUCUCGAUGAUGAUGAUAUUUCUGUUAUAUCAAGUUCUAGCUCCGUUUACAGUUCCGAUGGCGGCACUACGAAUAGAAACGCUGGGGAAGAGGUUCAAUCUGAGAAAAGCCCCGAGUCUGCAGUGGGCAAAGCUGGAGACCCCUUGCCACCUUUUAAGAACCAUAUGAUCCGCCAGCGGGUUAGUCGCCAUGGUGUUAUUAGUCCCUUGGCGGCUCCUAGCGAGUUUCCUGGCUGCAUCAUGGAUCGAAAUGAUAUUGGCAUUGUCAAGGAAACUCCAGUACGGAGAUGGCUCGAAACACGCUCCCAGUGGGAUAAACGCUUUGGCAGUGUCCGUGUCAAGAUUCACAAGCGACGAUUUAAAGAGAUGGUCGCAGGAUAUGUCGGCUUCGAUGGAGAAAUACCUCCCCCAUCCGCUCUUGCUAGCAGACGCAAGGCAGGCGAGGAUGUAAAGGAAAAGAAGAAGACUAAGAGCAUGGGCCUUGCACUGUGGUCUCUCUGGGGGUCUAAACACGAUGAGGCUACUGUACAACGGGAACAUGGAGCUGACAAACCGGGAGUCAAAUUUGCUACCCCUGAAGAGGGAGAAGGUGCCCGCUCACCAUCUGAUCUUAAGGAUCAGGAAGAUGGACCCGCCGAUAGGGCGGCAACACGCAACCGGAGUCGGUCAAAGACGAAGAUUGUCAGGGACGAGAGUCAAGUUGCCGAAGACGGUGGUGUCAACGACGAUACUCCUAUAUCUGUGCUCAUGGCUAUGAGGCAGGAGAAAUCGAAACAAGCCGAGCGGCCGCCUACUGCCGGAAGUGACAUGCUCAAGCCAGAUUAUGUUCCGGACACGGGUGUUAUGGGCAAGCGUCCUACUGUCUGUGGCAUCGCCGUGCCCUUCAGUCUUGAUAAGGAAGCCGACACUGCUAGCAUGAUCACGUUGACAUCGGCACUAGAUCAGCCAAGCCGAGCUGCAAGCCCUGCACCACUGAAUCCACAGGUUCGGGCUAUGGCAGGUACUAGUGCUGCUGUCGUCGCUGCUGCCACCGAUAAAGCGAAAGAUGAGGUUAUCGAUCCGGAAGCAGUGAAGAAAUCGGGACCUCCGACAACGAACCUUACACGAGCUUCGAUUGUUGUCUACAGCGAUGAAAUUGACAACCUUUGGAACACUCAAGCUCCAAGCCUAGCAACUACACCCUUCACCGAGAAGGGAAGUUACGCUACUGCACCGACGACACCACUAGUCGCUGUCGAUGGGGCCUCUCCCAAUACAGAACGCCCCCCAUUGGAGUCGUUUGUUAGCGCGCAAGAAGAUUUGCCUAUGAAGAAAUAAUCAAUUUGUCGUUUUGGAAGUUGGGGAUGUAAGGGGAAAACGGGAUACAACUAUAUACCCAGAUCAUAUCUUAUUUGUCAGGUUUGGGAUAAUGUGCCAGCUAUUUUUGUUUACUAUGUCGUUUUAUAUACCCUCGUUAAACUUAUGUAGUUAUAGGAUUGGAAAUUCAAUUAUUGGAAUUACCGGAUUAAAAGUGGCUUUGAAUUUAUGGUGUUAUGUGCUUUAUGGUGUGAUGUUCUGUGAUCGGUAUAAUACAGAUUUUACAUGUUGUUUUGACUGUCGUGAUUUUCGUGCCAGGUUUCUCUUCUUCAUAUCCCAAUGCCACAAGACCCGAGAAGAUAUCCGGCCAUGAGAACGGUAACUUGAGGGUAACUCAGUUAACUCAGCUUCGAGCAACAAACCGCAGUCAUCUCC